AUGUUCUUCCAAGCCUCACUACUACUCACAACCUUCUUUUCCUCCGCGUCAGCACAGUACGCCCUCAACAACAGUGUCGGCUCAUGUGGAGAUGUGCAUUGCCCUCCCGACAAUACCCCCGUAGGAGCAGAAUGCAACGUGACCGACAAAACCUACGAAGCAAUCGGGCUACGAUCGUUCUCCACGGCUAUCACAGAUGACAACAACAAUCUGACAUGGACCCUCGCUACACACCACAACCAAACCCACUCCAGCAAGACCAUGCUCACGGAGAAGAGCUUUUAUCUCGGCACUCCUCCUUCACUCGAACUUGAUAGCGAGAACCUACCGUAUCGAGGCUGCGCCAUAUUCUUAUAUGAGAAUCCUGUUGGGCGGAAUAACUCUUGGGACUGCGAGAAGGUUGUCGGCGCGACGUGCAUAUCGUCGUUGUUAACCCAGGUUAACACACUACUGGGGCUAUCUGCCAACGAAACAGAGACGACGGAAGAGAGCUGUCUUCGCGUGCAAAGAGGACUGAAUGAGACGUUCCCUGACGAGUGUUCUGAGGUGACGAACUCUACUUCCUGGCCUGGAAUAUCUGCCAUACCACUUACUGGCAAGGACGCGCCUACACCACCAGAUUCUACAAGCAACGCCAGCUCGAACUGUCACCCGACUCUUCCCAAAUCCAACGACCUCAGUUACGCUUUUGGUUACAAUGCAAGUGGUCUGGGUGCCGGUACUGACAUCGUUAUCACCACAUUUUGGUCACCAGAUGGGAAUGUUGAAGGCGCUGUGAGUGGUACGGACUCACAGCUCAUGUGCCUAUGGAUAAACCCAUUGACAGACCGGUCGGUGGCUACUAAUGUCGGCAAUAAUAAGGAUGAUGAGGGUGCUGCAAUUCGUCCAUCUUUCAGCAUGGUUAAUGUCCUCAUCUGCAUGGGCCUGGGUUUUUUCCAAUUCAUGUAG